AAAUCUUCAUUUUAAAAAUAGGCAUGCAGGGUUAUGUAUUUAUUCCACUCACGCCUUCAUGGCGCUAGUGCCAGUUUCUAAUAAAACGUGCUGCUCUUACAGGAGGCACUUCAUUGCAGUUAAUUAAAUGCAAACCAAAAGUGUACUAUUGAUGAAUGUGACAACCAAAAAUAUGUGAAAAUGCCUUUUUUUUUGCAAUAAUAUUUUGUAGGUAGCCUUUCACACAUUUUUAUGUUGAUGUAGUUUACCAGCCAGCUCAUACUACAGUAUUCAUAGUGGCUACGUUUACAUGCAGCCAAAUAUCUUAAUAAUCCGACUGAUUGCUCAAUAGGAAUAAAAAACCUUUAUGCAGACACAUCGAUCGGAAUAAUGUAAACCGAUUGAGACCAAUCCGAAUGAAAUAUCUAUCCGAUUGAACGAGGUGGGUAAUCUUUUAUUAUUAUUAUUAUUAUUAUUAUUAUUAUUAUUAUUAUUAUUAUUAUUAUUAAUAAUCCGUGAAAUAGAAGAAAACUAGCCAUUUAAAGGUCCGUGUCUCAUUACUUUCUCUGUUGGAAUCAGCAUGUCGUUCUGCGCAUGCGUGUUUUAGUAACGCUGCGCACCUUGGGCAAGACAAUGUCCUGUAAGAAAACACGUCAUGUUAUUUUAAUCAAAUAUUGAGGUCGGAUGGACGGUUUCAAACCACCGGGAACUAACAGUAAAGUUCAGCUAUUAAUAAUCGCCGGACAUCCAGUGAGGAUGCAGAAACCUGCACAGAGUAAUAAAUAAAUAAAUAUAUAUAUGUAUAUGUAUAUAUAUAUUUCAUAUUGGUAACAUUACAUGAAGUAUUACAUAUCUCUUGUACUGAUGAAUAAUAUGUGCGUUUCAUGUUUUUUGGUCCUGAAAUUCGGACAGAUAACUAGAAUGAAAUACUGAGCAGCUUCACUGCAGUCACGUGUAAAGUGUCAAGUUUAGGAUAAAUAUAAACAUUUGCAACUGGAAGGAAUUCACUCGGAUCGGCGAACAACUUUGCAUUCACAAAGUACAAAGUCCCGGAACUAUAAAUCGGACUCGAUGGUUCAGACGGACCCAAAAUGAGAGGGACGCUGUUGCCACAGGCAGCAAUUGGCGUUCCUUUGCUGGCUUAUCAAUGUUGUCAGUCUUUCACUUUUAUAACAGGGAUUUAAUAAGCAGAGACGGUCAAUAAAACCGCAAUCCUAAACUCAGUCUCCAGGAACCAUGCAACGGAGCUUAUUUCGGGUUAAAACCUGCAGUUUCGGACUGAUUACAUCGAGUUUAAUGGAUACGAAGGUGGAUAAACAAGCUAACGUUGGCAUGUAACUACGGAAUUACUUUGCACGUCAAAACGCAGAGCGGGUGCGUUUUAUAUGGACUAAAAGUUGAUUGUUUACGAAGCGAAGCACUUUUACACUUGGUGUGUUUUUAAAGCGAUGGCGUGAUCGAGUGGAGGAGCGCUCUGACAUGUCCUGCAGUCAUCUCGCGCCACAGAGCCGACAUUCCCACAGCACUACUGGGCAAUAUGGCAGAGAGAUGUCCUCUGGCAGAGAAGGCCAUGUCGGAAGGUUUCGCUCGGCUGCGGUACAGAGACACAUCGCUGCUCAUUUGGCAGCAGCAGCAGCUGGAGCUUGAGAAAUCACCGACUAACUACCUGAACCGCAGCCGCAGCGCCUGGUACAGUCAGUACGGCAACCAGGCCGUGGUAGUGCGGGACAAAAACACGGUACACGCGCCUGAAAGCGGCUCCCGCAUAUGUUCUGUUAUGUAACAGUGUUAUGGGAUUAUACGAGUCCUUAUUUGUAAACAGAGCGACAAAUUCUCAUUGCAGUUUCCGAUAUCGUCUUGGAAAUAGCCGGACCUAGUUGCAGCUGUAAGUUUAAUGUUAAAGGGACACAGCCAUGAGGACCAGACUACUAGUAUUCCACAUGAGAGCGAAGCAUCCUGGAUUAGAGACUUUGCCAAAGAGGAAAAGUACACAUCAGACUGUUUAUUAUUGGCUCUUCACUGGGAUCUUAGUCGGACUCAGACAGCCAAUUAUGCUUCAAUAAUAAAUAAUAGUUUUGUGAAUUACUGCUCAAUCAAAGACACUGGUGAUUAAUAUGAUAGAUUCCAGAGGCUGUAGGAAAAACAUUGUGUACAUCAUUGAAAUAUAUCAUUAGUGGAAAAAAAAGUUGAGUAUGUUCAAAUAAUGUAUAAAAACAAACCCAUUAUUGAGAAUGUAUAAUGUAGUUAAAACAAAAGACAAAAACAUCAAAUACUGAAUGAGAGACACGCACCGUGAGAAGGAAAUUACAGCGCUGAGACAACUGAACCUACUGCAGACUACACACAGACCUCUCAAAGUACAGCUCUGAACUUUACUGACACGGGGAGAAAACAGUAAGCCAUGGUACGACCCAGACCUGUUCACUCCACUUAGUCAUGAUGCACCAAUUUUUAAAAGUUCCACUCAUUUCUUGAUAUCUCUGUAACUCCUGGCAAACCAGGAGAUGAAACAUACCAGAUGAAAAAUAAAUAAGUUCUUCUUUAAAAUGGU